GGAGGAGGAUCCUUCAAGAGCCUGAAAUAGCCCAGUCAGUAAAACAUCAGCCUCUCGAUUGGAGCACCCAGCAUUUGCCUUCCUGAUCAGAUAAAGCCACCAACCCCUGUAACAGACAAGAAGACUGGGAAUACAUCAUUGGAUUCUGUGACCAGAUCAACAAAGAACUCGAGGGGCCACAGAUAGCUGUGAGACUCCUGGCUCAUAAAAUCCAGUCGCCGCAGGAAUGGGAGGCAGUCCAAGCCCUGACAGUGCUGGAAGCUUGUAUGAAAAACUGCGGGAGAAGAUUUCAUAAUGAAGUUGGGAAAUUUCGCUUUUUAAACGAGUUAAUAAAAGUUGUGUCUCCAAAGUAUCUGGGAGACCGGGUCUCUGAGAAGGUGAAAACCAAAGUCAUUGAAUUGCUCUAUAGCUGGACAGUGGCUCUGCCAGAAGAAUCCAAAAUCAAAGACGCCUACUACAUGCUGAAGCGACAAGGGAUCGUUAUGUUUGAUCCUGUGAUUCCUGCAGACAGAACCCUGAUUCCUUCUCCACCACCUCGUCCCAAAAACCCUGUGUUUGAUGAUGAGGAGAAAUCCAAGCUUCUAGCCAAGCUGUUGAAAAGCAAAAACCCAGAUGAUUUACAAGAGGCCAACAAGCUUAUAAAAUCCAUGGUAAAAGAGGACGAGGCUCGGAUACAAAAAGUGACAAAACGCAUGCACACACUGGAGGAAGUGAAUAACAACGUGAAGCUCCUGAAUGAGAUGCUGGUUCAUUACAGCAAAGAGGAUUCCUCAGAGGCUGACAGGGAGCUCAUGAAGGAGCUCUGUGAAAGGUGUGAAACCAAAAGACGGACGUUAUUCAAACUGGCCAGUGAGACAGAGGAUAAUGACAGCAGUUUGGGGGAUAUUCUGCAGGCCAGUGAUAAUUUAUCCCGUGUGAUAAAUUCCUAUAAAAAAGUAAUAGAGGGGCAAGUAGUCAAUGGUGAAGUGGAUCUCCCUGCGAUGUCUGUGGCAGAAGGGAGCGACUCCACCAGUGAUGCCAACACCCUCAUAGACCUGGCCGGGCUGGACGUGGCCAGCACGCGGCCGCCCCCGCUGCCGCCCGCCCCGCUGCCGCCCGCCCCGCCGGCCGAAAUCCCCAUCCUGCCGCCGCCUCCGCACGCGGUCGCUCCCUCCCGGGGCAGCUCCUCGAGCCAAGUGGAGGCUGCCCCCACGCAGCAGAGCAGCACGGCCGCUUCCCUCUCCUUGCUGGAUGAGGAGCUCCUGUGCUUAGGCCUGAAUGAUCCAGCCCCCGCAGCGGUGAAGGAGCCAUCAGAAAACAACCAGUGGAGCAUGUUUGAGAAUGACCAGCUGGACCUGGAUUUCUUUGGUUCAAAGAUGGGGCCUGUUGCUUGCAACCCUGCAGGGAACCCUCUUCUCCCGCCCACGUCACAGACUGCGUGUGGGCCGUCGGCGACGCUGCCCUCCACUUUCCCAGCCUCGCAGCCUGCUGCCUGUGGCACUGCACCAAACUCAGCCCCGUUUGUGUUCUCUGCUGCACCGGCUGCCCCAGUGGGGCCUCUUCAGACUCUGCCAACUGCCCCUGGGUACUUCAGCUCAGCCGUGGGAAACAGUAUGUCCAAUAAGAUGGAUGCACUGGGACAGCUCCUUGAGGAAGCCAAAGGGACCGCCACCCAAGGCAUGGCCACAGCCUCAGUGUUUCCCGGGGUUACUUUGCCAGCCACUUCCAGCUCUGCCCCAUUAAUCCCUGCUGCAGGGCUGCCAGUCACUGCCCCGGGAGCCCCUCCAAUUCCUUUCCCAAGCAGCUGCACCGCUGGCUCAGGAAGCCCUCUCUUCCAGUCAGCAUCGUUCCAGCAGCAAGGCAGCCCCUUGAAAGCACCUGAAAUAUCUUUGGCCAACGUCCACGUUCCCUUGGAAUCCAUUAAACCCAGCAGUGCCCUCCCCGUGACAGCCUAUGACAAGAACGGCUUCCGCAUCCUCCUGCACUUUGCCAGGGAGUGCCCGCCGGGCAGGGCGGAUGUGCUGGUCGUCGUGGUGUCCAUGCUGAACACGGCGCCGCUGCCCGUGAGGAACAUCGUGCUGCAGGCUGCCGUGCCAAAGUCCAUGAAAGUGAAGUUACAACCACCCUCUGGCACGGAGCUGUCUCCAUUUAACCCCAUCCAGCCGCCCGCUGCCAUCACCCAAGUGAUGCUUCUGGCAAAUCCUGCAAAGGAGAAGGUGAGGCUGAGAUACAGACUGACCUUCACGCUGGGAGAGCAGCCCAGCACAGAGGUUGGUGAAGUGGAUCAGUUCCCCCCCGUGGAGCAAUGGGGGCAUCUAUGACCCUGGGGCACCGCCAGAGACUCCGUGACAGGACCAGGAAGGGAUCCCACAAGACUGGACUGAAUGUGACGAGGGGAGGGACACACUUGCUAUCCACUGGUGACGUUCAGCUUCGUUUACAUGUCCUGACCACUCCGCUUGUAGCUUUAGGCCGGAAUGUUUUGCCCCACAUUGAAGGGGUCCUGGGACAUUUACGUCAAGCACGGACCGAGUGGCACCCAGUAACAGGCAGUGCUGGCUGCUUCUAUCUUAGCCUCUAGGUGAAUCUGGUUCUACCUUCUACUCUAUUAAACUUGAAGUUGUUGCAUCCUGAGAGGAGACCUGCCAACAGAAGGGCAUUUGUUUGGCUUAUUCCUGUACUGCUGUCCAGAGAUACCGAGAGGCUGGCGGGGUAGUGAUGCCACCAAGAGCUUCCUCAGUGCGGAGCCCUCGCACUUGCUGCCCCGAGGACUUCCACCUCCUCAGUGCCAGCCUGGACCAGUUCAGCAUGUCGAGCAAUAAUGCUGGCUCUGGGAGGGAAGGCUGAGUCUUCACACUGAAAUGGUCCUUAGCUCCCUUUCUCUCCUGCCUCCAUUUCACUGCCAACACCUGAUGCAAGCUGCCCCUAGCUCUGUGUUGUGACACUGCUGUAUAUUUAGUUGAUAUAUUUAUUUUAUCUUGCUAGCUGCCUCUCCGGAUCCAUUUGGGGCAGGCGGUGCCGAGCUCUGUGCAGGUGGCUACGCUGGUUAUUUUUCUGCCUUUUGUUGCACUCCGUGGUGCGGAUGAGAGAGGAAACGUGGGGCGAGGUUGCGAAGGCAGCGGGGCAGCCGAGCCAGCAGCAGCCUCCGUGGGUGCAGGACGGCGCCCGGCGGGCGGGAGCGUCUCCGGCGCCGCCGCAGCGCACGGUCUCAUUGCAGCUGAGCUGGGCUCCGCUCAGAGCAGCGCAGCGAGAUGCAGGGUGGAAAUCCCAGAGCUCUAGAACGUCCCACUAGGAACAGGCGGCAGUGAAAGGAAAGGCGGCCCCGGCGGGCCGUGGUGGUGCAUGCGCUGCGGUUAAUGCCCUCUUUUAUUUGUUCCCUGUGUUAAGUGGCUAAGUGCAAUUGUCUUCACAAGGGGAAAGCUCUUUUGCUGGAUAGAGGUGUUCUGUGCUAAAAGGGGGCAGGUGACCUGACCCGCUCGAGCUGACAGUCACCCAGAAACCUGGUUGAAAUCACUGAAACUGAUUCCGGGAGUCCUCUCCUUCCCCCUUUUUAUUUCCAGUCUCAAGCAAAGCCUCCACUAGCUUUGAGACAGACCCUUUUAAAUUAUUGUUUGUUUGUUUGUUUAGCAUUCUCUGUCAGAAGCGCAGGACUGGCUGCUUGGGCACACGCUCUGCUCAGCGCCUGAGGAACAGGAGCAGCCAAAGUGCUGAGAAAAUGAGCGGCAGGAGGAGAGCCCCUGCCUGUUGCAAGAGGAAAACUCCAGAGGAGAAAGUGCUGCUGGAGUUCAUGGAGGCUGCAAAACCCAUUAGGGCAAGUAGAGCUUUGAAUAUUCUAGCUGGCCGAGGCAGAUGUUACAGCUGCUGAAUUCUCAUCACUGAUGAGAAUUCAAAGAGGAGAAUUCCACUAAAAGUCAAAAACUCAGUGGACUGAAGGCCUAAGGCCCUCAUGAGGGACUCGAGGCAGCUGCAGAAACCCUGAGGAUGAACCCAAAGCUUGGCUGAAGAGCUUGCUAUAAACCCUUGGGCUGAGGCUCCCGGGGAUCAGAGCCUCUCGGCUCCCUAGAGCAGGCGGCGGGCAGAAGGCAAGUUAAGCCUUUGGAUCCUCA